CGACAGUGAUUAUUUUCAACAAAUCAUAAAGAUAUUGGUACAUUAUACUUUAUUUUCGGAGUUUGAUCAGGAAUAGUUGGAACAUCAUUAAGAAUCUUAAUUCGUGCUGAAUUAAGCCAACCAGGAAUAUUUAUUGGAAAUGACCAAAUUUAUAAUGUAAUUGUUACAGCUCAUGCUUUCAUUAUAAUUUUUUUUAUAGUAAUACCAAUUAUAAUUGGAGGAUUUGGAAAUUGAUUAGUUCCUUUAAUAUUAGGAGCACCAGAUAUAGCAUUUCCUCGAAUAAAUAAUAUAAGUUUUUGAAUAUUACCUCCUUCAUUAACACUCCUCCUUUCAAGUAGUAUAGUAGAAAAUGGAUCAGGAACAGGAUGAACAGUUUAUCCCCCUCUUUCAUCAGGAACUGCUCAUGCUGGAGCUUCAGUUGAUUUAACUAUUUUUUCUCUUCAUUUAGCAGGGGUAACUUCAAUUUUAGGAGCAGUAAAUUUCAUUACUACUGUUAUUAAUAUACGAUCUUCAGGAAUUACAUUAGAUCGAUUACCUUUAUUUGUAUGAUCUGUUGUAAUUACAGCUGUAUUAUUACUUUUAUCAUUACCAGUUUUAGCUGGAGCUAUUACAAUAUUAUUAACAGAUCGAAAUUUAAAUACUUCAUUUUUUGAUCCAAUUGGAGGAGGAGAUCCUAUUUUAUAUCAACAUUUAUUUUGAUUUUUUGGACACCCAGAAGUUUAUAUUUUAAUUUUACCCGGAUUUGGUAUAAUUUCUCAUAUUAUUACUCAAGAAAGAGGAAAAAAGGAAACUUUUGGAACUUUAGGAAUAAUUUAUGCUAUACUAACAAUUGGAUUAUUAGGAUUUAUUGUUUGAGCUCAUCAUAUAUUUACAGUAGGAAUAGAUGUAGAUACUCGAGCAUAUUUUACAUCUGCUACAAUAAUUAUUGCAGUUCCUACAGGAAUUAAAAUUUUUAGAUGAUUAGCUACUCUUCAUGGAACUCAAUUAACUUAUAGUCCUGCUUUACUUUGAUCACUAGGAUUUGUAUUUUUAUUUACAGUUGGAGGAUUAACAGGAGUAGUCCUAGCUAAUUCUUCAAUUGAUAUUGUAUUACAUGAUACAUAUUAUGUAGUUGCCCAUUUUCAUUAUGUAUUAUCAAUAGGAGCUGUAUUUGCUAUUAUAGCAGGAUUUAUUCACUGAUAUCCUUUAUUAACAGGAUUAGUUAUAAAUCCUUCAUGAUUAAAGGCACAAUUUGUUAUAAUAUUUAUUGGAGUAAAUUUAACAUUUUUCCCACAACAUUUCUUAGGAUUGGCCGGAAUACCACGACGAUAUUCUGAUUUUCCAGAUAGUUAUUUAGCUUGAAAUAUUGUAUCUUCAUUAGGAAGAACUAUUUCUUUAUUUGGAAUUAUUUUUUUUAUAUUUAUUAUUUGAGAAAGUAUAAUUUCACAACGUAGUAUUGCUUUCCCAAUACAAUUAUCUUCAUCAAUUGAAUGAUAUCAUACUCUUCCUCCUGCUGAACAUACUUAUUCAGAAUUACCAUUACUUUCUUCUAAUUUCUAAUAUGGCAGAUUAGUGCAAUGAAUUUAAGCUUCAUAUAUAAAGAUUAUUAUCUUUUAUUAGAAAAUGGCAACAUGAGCAAAUUUAGGACUUCAAGAUAGUUCAUCUCCUUUAAUAGAACAAUUAAACUUUUUUCAUGAUCAUACUCUUUUAAUUUUAAUUAUAAUUACUGUAUUAAUUGCUUAUAUUAUAUUUAUAUUAUUUUUUAAUAAAUUUACUAAUCGAUAUUUACUACAUGGACAAACAAUUGAAAUUAUCUGAACAAUUUUACCCGCAGUAAUUUUAAUAUUUAUUGCUUUCCCUUCAUUACGUUUAUUAUAUUUAAUAGAUGAAAUUAAUUCACCUUUAAUUACUUUAAAAGCUAUUGGUCAUCAAUGAUACUGAAGUUAUGAAUAUUCUAAUUUUUUAAACUUAGAAUUUGAUUCAUAUAUAAUUCCUACAAAUGAAUUAGAUAUUAAUGGAUUUCGAUUACUAGAUGUUGAUAACCGAAUUAUUUUACCUAUAAAUAAUCAAAUUCGAAUUUUAGUAACUGCAACUGACGUACUACAUUCAUGAACUAUUCCUUCCUUAGGUGUAAAAAUUGAUGCAACACCUGGACGAUUAAAUCAAACAAAUUUCUUAAUUAAUCAACCAGGAUUAUUUUUCGGUCAAUGUUCAGAAAUUUGUGGAGCAAAUCAUAGUUUUAUACCAAUUGUAAUUGAAAGAAUUCCUAUAAAUUAUUUUAUUAAAUGAAUUUCUUCUCAAAUAAAUU